UGUAUCGGAUGCGACAUCAACAACCCCAUCGGACUUGGCCAGGGCAGCCAGAAAUUCGAGCGAUUCGCGUUUAAAACGGGCCACGAAAAAACACUUAAAAGUUGCUGCUAACUAGUGCCCAGUGUUCGUAUUGUACUAACUAAAACAAUUUCAUUCAAUUAAACGCAGCUUUUCUGCGUAGUGUGCGAGCGAGAGGGUCGGGCGCUGGGCCCGAUAGCCCAAAACGCGUGCGCCAGAAAGGGACCGGCAUAGUUAGCUAGAAAAGAAUCAUUUUGUAGCUGCUUUGUUUGUGUGUUUGGCAUUCACAUUUCCCCCAUUCAAUAUUUAAUUUAGUGAGCCAUUAGCGAGGCGAAAAUCGGCAUUAUGCAAAAGAUAGUGCUCUAGUACAGCUCAAAAUCCGUACGAUAAAUAGUAUGUGCGGAAGAAACUCGCCUGACAUGGAUGCAUGGAUCAAAAGUUCGCUGUAAAUAGAUUAGGCAGAGCGAUUAACAAUGAAAACAAUAACGCCGGAUACGACGACGACGACGGCGGCGUCGCAGCAGCAGCACCACCAACAACUACUCAUUCCACAGGCGGCGGAUCAGCACCACCAGCCGAUGCUGCAGCAGCAGUCCCUGUUGGCCGCUCCACCGCCUCCGAUCAUAAUGGAGCACGUCAAUCUGGUGGACGACGACGAGAAGGAUCCACUGGCCCUGGAGCAGCUGGAGGUGUCGCCCUCCACCAAGCACACGCACAGUCUGAGACGCCACCUGCCACGCAUUAUCGUGAAACCCAUACCACCUGAAAAGAAGCCGAUGGCGCCCAGUGAAGAGCCAGUCGUCAGCCCGGCACCUGCUCCUGCUCCCGCUCCCGCUCCUGCUCCUCCCACGCGCCUCAUCUGCAGCCGACGCAUCCAGCAGCAGCAACAGGUCAAAGCGGCUGCAGCAGCAGCGGCGGCGGCAGCGGCAGCAGCAGCAGCUGCAGCGGCCGCAGCUCAAGCCCAAGCCGCCGCCGCCAACUACCCAUCCGCCAUCUCACCCGGUAGCAAGGCCGGAUCCUCGCAAGCUUCGACCAUGCGCGAGGUCCUGGCCUCCAUACCCGGCUUCAGUGUUAAGCCCCGUCGCAGGAGCAAUAAGAAGUUGACUACGGCGGCGCAAAUUGAGCAGACAAAAGACGGCAAGAUCGAUCUGGAGACGCCGGACUCCAUACUGGCCUCCACGAACCUGAGGGCGCUGCUCAACAAGCAAACGUUCUCGCUCCUGCCGCCCCUCUAUCAAUACAAUCUCAUACAGCUCCUGCCCAGCGUGGAUCGUGAGGCCAGCGAAGUGGAGCUGCCCAGCGGCAGUGGAGGCAGCCCCGCGGAGGCUAUACGGCUGAGUGCCUCGUGCCUGAACAACGAGUUCUUCGCCCGAGCCUGUCUGGAAUGGCGGGAGCGGUUGAGCGAAGGCGAAUUCACGCCGGAGAAUCAGCUGAAGCUCAAGACGGAGGCAGAGCGCGAAAAGAACAAGCUGGAUCCCUGGAAGCUGAAGCAUUUCGAGCCCUUCUGGGGUGAGAAGAACUCGAGGAGCAAGGGGAAGCCGGAAAGCGAGGGAGCCCAGAAGGAGCAGAAACCUGCGGCCAGCGUAAAGAGUGAGCCCAAACCACCAGCGACAUUGCAACAAAAACCACAGCAACAACAAGCAACAUGUGAUAAUGAGACUGAAUUAAAAUUUGAUUUGAGCACAAAGUGCGAAACGACAGCAGCAACCACAAAAACUACAGUAGCAACAGCAGUAGCAGCUCCUGCCUCUACCACCAUCAGCAGCCAGAAUAGUGUGUUAAACGAACAGCAACGCCGCAUCCUCAAACGUCCAUCGAGUAGUCCUUCGCAGCGCAAGCAAAUACCCACAACGAUAGCCACCAUAACGCUGGACGACGAUCCCGACGAGCUGCCCAGCACAUCGAAGGAUAGCAAACAGCCGAAAAUAGCCGAAAUUGUUCCUAAUGCGUCAGGGAAUGAUGUUGAUGUUGUGGAUCAUGCAGCGGCGGAAACUAAAAUCAAGGAGGAGGAGCAGCAGCAACAGAACCACCAACGACAACAUCAGCCACUUAUCAACAGUACCUGUGAUAAAAUUGAGCCAUCUGAGUGCAGCAGUGGAGAGGAGGUGAUCGUUGCCAUUAAACAAGUAGAUGAUGUGGAGAAGGUGGUGCCUGUUGCACCUGCACAAGCGAUUGCUGCUGUCACACCAGCCGCACCAAAGCCGGAACCCUUGGCAACCAAUCCGGAGGUGGUCAACCAGUUUGUAAGCUACUUGCAAAGCGUUGAACUGGCAGCUGAAACCAAAGCGCCUUUGGAUAAUACAAACGAGGCAGAUAUUUUGACAGGAACAAAUAGCCAUGAUUUCGUUUUUGCAGAUACCAUCGAUCACGCCUAUUUCCAAGACCAUCAAUCAACCAUCAAUCACAACUACUUCACUUCAUCUUCAUCGUCCAACACGGCAACAACGGCAGCUAUUAAACUGGAAGAGCAUGGCGAUAAGCUGGAGGACUCACCAAUGCCCAUUGCAAGCUCGAUUUCUGGGUCGACGCCGGCCAGUUCGAUUACAUCCACCAGCUGCACCUCGUCCUCAUCCUCCACCGCCUCGAUGUCGUCAUCAUGCUCCAGCAGCAAUUCAGGCUCGACGACAACUGCGCCCACAACAUCAUCCUCCGCGGGAGCAGCCUCGGCUCCUUUGACGCUGGCGGCGGCAGCUGAAACCACUUUGGCAAAUGUUCAAGCGAUGCUCUCAACGGUGGCCAAGUUGCAGCAGCAACAGCAGCAGCAGCAACAGGAGUUGCCAGUGGAAUUAAACUCGAAUGAGAUGUACCAGCAUGUGCAGCACGAUUGGAACUUUGGCGACAUUAAAUUGAGCAGCUCACAAUCAAGUGGGGAUCAGCAGCGAAACCUAAGCCACGAUGCCAUCGAUUUGAUGGAUGUAGUGCAGGAUGCCGACGUUAUCGACGACAUUAUGGACAACGAUGUGUGCCACGAAGUGCUCGACGAUGAGGAGGAGGACGAGGAAGAGGAGGAGGAAGACGAUGAAGUGGUGGAAUGCAUAGCGGAUGAUCAGCAGGAGCAGCAGAUGAUGGAUGAGGAUAGCGAGGCGGUGCGGGAGAUAGUGGACAAGCUGCAGCAACAUCAACAGCAGCAGCAGCAGCAACAACAGCAGCAACAACACCAGCAGUUGCAUAUCCAGGAUGUGGUGCAAUUGUCCCAACAUUCGUUUAUGCCGCAAGCUCACAGCGAAUAUGGAAAUGAUAUCUCCCAGGAAAUGCUCUGCGACGCUGUCCCAAUGUCUGCUGCCGAAAUGGAGGUGUCCAGCACGGUGAUCACCAACAGCAGCAAUAGCAACGACAGCAGCAACAAUCUGAGCCUUUGUAGCAGCAGCAACAGUCUCACUAUCAGCCAGCUGCCGCAACAACCAGCGCAACAACAGCAGCCGCAGCAAAACACGCAGCCAACUGGACCGCAACAACGGCAGAUUCUAGUGGACUCCAAUGGUCAGAUAAUUGGCAACUUUCUGCUGCAGCAGCAACGCCAGCAGCAACAACAGCAGCUUCUACAACAAUUUACGCUGCAGGCGGCAGCCGCACAGCAGCAACAACAACAACAACAGCAGCAGCAGCAACACCAGCAGCAGCAGCAGCAACAACAACAGCAAGCAACAAGUAGCAAUGCCUUAACCAAGACAUUACCCGUGGCUCUUCGAAACGGAGCCCAACAGUUCUUGUCGCCCAAUUUGCUCGCACAACAACAUCAGCAGCAGCAACAACUGGAACAGCAACAGCAACAGGCUGCCGCACAACAAAAGCAACAGCAAAUUCAGCAGUUUGCCCUGCAACAGGCGCAACUGCAUCAGCGACAACUACUCGCCCAGGCGGCUAACAACAAUCUAAUGCAGCAGCAGCAGCAGCAACAACAACAGCAGCAAAAUGUUGCGCCGCCGACAACACAGGCCAAGUUCAUUGCCAAACCGCUGAAUAUCAUCUCCAUGACGCGACCUGCCAAUGCAUCGCCUACCACAGCAGCAACGACAGCAAAUACCGCUACUAUUCCGUCCGCCUACGCCAAUGUUGUUGCUGUGACAGCCGCGCAACAGCAGCAGCAGCAAUCACCGCCAGUACCUGCCCCCCAACAGCAGCAGCAGCAGCAGCACCUGGCCAAUCACAACAGCAAUAUGCCCACUAUUCCCAAUGUGCUGACGAUGAAAGCUCUGCCACCUUCGGGAGUGCCAACUACCAUAGCGCAGCAAAGAUUGCAGCCGAAAAUGCCAACGGGCAAAGGUCGCAAGGCCACCAGCAACAGGUUGCCACCGGGAGCGGUUAAUCUGGAGCGUAGCUAUCAAAUCUGCCAGGCCGUAAUUCAAAAUAGUCCGAAUCGCGAGAACCUCAAGGCCCAACUGCGCCCACCGGCCGCGAUUCUCAGCCAGCAUCAACAGCCGGCGGUGGUAACUACGGCUGCAACACCUGUUAAUCCUGUGACCCUGAAUGUUUCCACGGUGGCCGCCACACCCAUGUCCAACGUAACGACGGCCAGCGGGAGUAUGGCAGCAGCCGUGGCCGCAGCACCACCACAGAAUAUUCUAAAGCAAGAGGAGCUGUUGGUCAGUGGAGCAGUUGGUGCGGGAGCUCUGCCCGCUGGAUUGCCGCCGAAUGUAAUGGGUGUAGGACGUCCGGGAGUUUAUAAGGUCAUCGGACCCCGAAUGAGUGGCUUUCCGCGGAAGAAAUACGUCCAGCGAAAGCCCUCGCCCACCACGCUCAUCCGGCAUGUGUUUAGUCCAGGUCCUGGCGGAGCUACAGCUACCCCUCAGCAGUUGCAGUUGCUGCAGCAGCAUCAUCAGUCGGCCACUUCACCAGUGCCGGUGCCAGUGCAAAAUCCUCAGCAGGCGGCAUCGGAGCAAUUGAUCCACCAGAAUGGCAGCGGUCAGUACGUACUUGUUCAUCGCGCGAAUGUGGGGGCAGCUGACAAUCAAGCGCCUAGAGCCUCCAGUGCCCCACCGAUGCAUCAAAAUCAGUUUGUCACUGUUCAGAAUCCGCUGCACAGCCUGAAUGGCAUUCCUAUGGGUGGACGCGGGCGUCCAGCUUCGGUGGAUACGACUGCAGGCAGCGGUAACGUUAUAGCGCCAACAAUUUCCGCCACAGAUGCGUUGCGUCAUCAUCACCACGAACUGCAGCAACAGCAACAGCAACAGCAGCAGCAGCAACAUCAGCAGCCGCAGCCGCUGGGCAAUGUGAGCGCCGCCGCGAAUAUUGUGCGGCGCAAUAUCGCUGCAGGACCCAAUAUCGCCUACAUCGACGGCAGCAAUACCAACUCAUCGGCCGUCGCUCUCAUGGAAGCUGGCAACAACUACAUAGUGACGACCAACGCAGCACCCACAGCAGCACCUUCGCCCAUCAACCAGCAGCCACAGGCGCAACAAUCCGCUGCACAACAUCCACACCCACUGCUGCAGCUGCAUCAGAGCGGGGAGAACACUCCGCCGGGCAAUGAGGCUACCGCUACGCCAAACAAUUGCGCCUGUUCACUUAACGCGAUGGUUAUUUGCCAGCAGUGCGGAGCCUUCUGCCACGACGAUUGCAUCGGUGCGGCUAAGCUGUGCGUCGCCUGCGUGAUUAGAUGAGAUGGAUAACGUAUUAUAGUUACUUAGAGACCCGUAUCUUUAGUCGAUCCCAGUAGAGAGAUACCGCGAACGUUUGAAUUGUGAACGGUAGCAAUCAAAGAGCAAAGGCAAAAACCAAGUGUACAACAAACAGAAUAAUACAACGCAAGUGCAGAGGCUUACGCACGGACGCAGCAAUGGCAACCAUACAUAAAUGUAUAUUAUAAUUCAUUUGCAAUUCAUGUAAACUAAGCAAACUGGCAAUUCGUAACACUUUUUGUAUAAAGAUAGGGAAGAGGGAAGAGUUAAGCCUAAAAUGCAAGCUAGUGUUGUGUGUUUUGUGCUUGUUGCAUAUCCCUUAAGAUACUCGUUGUUUUUUGUGAUUGUUUAAGGAUAUCACAAGCACUCUAAAAAAAAACAAUAGAACUCGAUAUGAAACUAUCAUUUAACUUACAGCAAAGCAAAUAUGAACGAAGAGAAGGCAUAAGUAUAGCAUAAAACACUAAAGAAAGUAAUUCUAAUGUAAAUAUUUAUGUUUUAAAUGUAAUUUAUAUGGCAGAAUAUAAACUACAUAAGAGGUUAGGUUAGCAUAUGGACUCACUCACGUCUGAUGACUAUAUUUUUAUAAUUUAUUCGCUGUAUGUGCGUGAUUCGGUUGGUUCGAUUUCUGAAUAUACGAACUUGAUCAAUAUACUUAUUGUUAGUUAAGUAUACUUUAAUUUACUGUGUAAUUUAUGAAAUAUUCAUAAUGUAUUUUGAGAACGCUUGGGCCCAGCGCUUAGGCUUUAAUUUCUAAUUCUCUAAGUUUAGUAUUAUCCACCCGACAACACCCACAUACACACACUCACCCAAGCGAUUUAAGACUCUCCACGCCCACAUUUCUUUAGCAUGUAGCGCAUAAACGUAAAUGUAAUACACGUAAUUGAUUUCAAAACGAGACCCUAUAUGUUAAGCUAAAAACUGUUGAUAAAUACGAAAAUACAUUGAAAAUUAUAAAGAGAAAGAAAAGAACUACAAACGGAAAAAUGAACACAGUUUGAGGACAGUAAAUGAAUGAGAGCCAUUAAAUCAACAGCAACAUCAGCAUAAACCAAUGGCGACAUGAAUCCAAAUUCAUAAACAAAACCUAAACGAAGAACAACGUUUUGCUCCUAGAUGCACUUACCGCAAAAUUAACCAAUAAAUAAACAU